UCUAGCUGCUACCGGACAACCUUAUUUGAGUUAGCGGCUGUGUGACACAGGAAGCGGCGUGACGGACAGGUGUCACAUUUAUAGCAUUGGACACAGACGAUAAACAAGAUGAACAAAUACAGGAAGCAGAUGGCAGAGCAGUUCCUGAGUCAGGCCCUGGGCAUCAUCUGCCUGCUGACCGGAGAGGAAUAUGUCAUUGUGAAGAAGAGGCCCUCCCACAGCAGCAUUCACCGGCAGAGCAGAGAGGUGCCUAUAAAGUGUGAUGAUGUUGCUGUGUAUUUCUCUAUGGAGGAGUGGGAGUAUAUAGAGGGGCACAAGGAGCUUUACAAGGACGUCAUGAUAGAGACUCACCAAGCACUAAGGACUAUGGAGAUCCCAGGAAACGAGAGCUCAGAAUUAACAGGUGGCAGAGAUGAAAAUCUAGACACUGGAGCAUAUGGAGAACUUGUACAGAAUAUUCAGCCAGUGGAGACCCCAUCAGACGUCUCUGCAGGUCACAGUGAUGGAAAUCUAGACACAGGAGCACAUGGAGAAAUUGUACAGAAUAUUCAGCCAUCAGAUGCCUCUGCUGAUUACAUUAAUUUUGACGUAGAUGUUAAAACAGAAGAUCUGAGUGUAACGUGUCAGCUGGAAGCUCCAACACAGGAAAUGUGUGACAGCGACAAUGAAGAUUACAUUAAUUUUGACCUAGAUGUUAUAACAGAAGAUCUGAGUGUAACGUGUCAGCUGGAAGCUCCAACACAGGAAAUGUGUGACAGUGACAAUGAAGGUGAAAACAAUGCUAUGAUUUCAUGUAACACGGAACAAACAGAAGAUCAGUGGCAAAGUAAUAUGCCAGAAGCUGCAAAGCAGGAAAUAUGUGAUAAUAUAAGUACAGGUGAAUUCACAAACUGCAAUAAUCCUAGUCAUGAUCGGAGUGCAGAUGCUUCUUUACAUCUUCUUCAAAAUCAAAGAAGCCACGUGGGAAAUUUAUGUUCUGAUUGUGGGAAAUGUUUUCUUAGGAAAUCACAUCUUUAUAAACAUCUAAAAAUUCAUACAGGACAAAAGGCAUUUUCCUGUCCUAUAUGUGGGAAUUUUUUUAACCAUAAAAGAAAUCUUGUUGCUCAUCAGAAAAUUCAUACAGGAGAAAAAGGAUUUUCAUGUUCUGAAUGUGGGAAAUGUUUUACUCAGAAAUCAACACUUAUUACACAUCAGAAAAUUCAUACAGGGGAGAAAGCAUUUUCUUGUUCUGACUGUGGAAAAUGUUUUACUCUGAAAUCAACUCUUAUUAGGCAUCAGAAAACUCAUACAGGGGAGAAAUCAUUUUCAUGUUCUGACUGUGGGAAAUGGUUUACUUGGAAAUCAAGUCUUAAUACACAUCAGAAAAUUCAUACAGGGGAGAAAGCAUUUUCAUGUUCUGACUGUGGAAAAUGUUUUACUCUGAAAUCAACUCUUAUUGAGCAUCAGAAAACUCAUACAGGAGAGAAAUCAUUUUCAUGUUCUGAUUGUGGUAAAUGUUUUUCUCAGAAAUCAAAUCUUAUUACACAUGAGAAAAUUCAUACAGGUGAGAAAGCAUUUUCAUGUUCUGACUGUGGGAAAUGUUUUACUCUGAAAUCAUCUCUUAUUAAGCAUCACCGAAUUCACAAAGGAGAAAAAGCAUUUUCAUGUUCUGUCUGUGGGAAAUGUUUUACUCAAAAAUCAACUCUUAUUACACAUCAGAAAAUUCAUAGAGGGGAGAAAGGAUUUUCAUGUUUUGACUGUGGAAAACGAUUUACUCUGAAAUCAACUCUUAUUAAGCAUCACAAAAUUCACCAAGGAUAAAAAGCAUUUUCACGUUCUGACUGUGGGAAAUGUUUUAUUCAGAAAUCAAAUCUUAUUACACAUCAGAAAAUUCAUACAGAGGAGAAAGGAUUUUCAUGUUCUGUCUGUGGGAAAUGUUUUACUCCAAAAUCAACUCUUAUUAGGCAUCAGAAAACUCAUUUUAAAGAUAUCAAGUUUAACCUCCUAAGUGCAGAGGGUGAUACGUAGUUGUCACCCACACAAUACCAAGUGCUGAUGAGGACUUCAUGUGACCUGGGGCACACAGUUGUAGAGCUGUUUGAGGACCCUUCUGCACCUCAAGCAUUUAUGAGGUGAUCCCAGGGUGGAUGUGAUUUAAAUCAAAUUGAUUUAAAGGGACACUGAACCCAUUUUUUUUUCUUUCAUGAUUCAGAUAGAG